CCCAUUCCUUUAGAGUGCUAUGGUAAAGUAGAUUUCCGUCUGUUCCGUUUCGCCAUUACGAUGAUCUUUGCAAUAGAAGAGAUUAACAAGAACACGGAACUUCUUCCAAACGUUACGCUGGGUUACUGGAUUUACGAUUCUUGUGGCACGCCAGAAGUAUCUUUAAAAGCAGCCUUUCAGUUUUUAAACAGACUGGACGCAACAAAUUCCACCUGUCGAAGAGCUCCCGAGGUUCCCGCUAUCGUUGGAGAUUCUGGAUCAUCAAUGACUUUAGGAAUCGCGUCAUUAAUUGGUCCCUUUAAGAUCCCUGUGGUUAGUUAUCUCGCCACGUGUGCCUGUCUGAGCAACAGACUUGAAUAUCCCUCGUUUUUUAGAACGAUCCCGAGUGAUUACUUUCAAGUAAGGGCUUUGGCUGAACUCAUUAAGCAUUUCGGAUGGACCUGGAUUGGAACAAUUAGGAGUGAUGAUGACUAUGGUAAUUUUGGGAUGCAGGCGUUCAAUGAAGCGAUGGACGAGAUGGGAAUUUGCAUUGCUUUCUCUGAAUCUUUUCACAAAACGUACCCAAGGGAGAAAUUACUUCAAACUAUAGACAUCAUAAAAAAAUCUUCCACAAAGGUAAUACUAGCUUUCCUUGCACACGCAGACAUGAGCAUUUUACUACAAGAAAUUGUACAGCAGAAUGUCACCGGUAUACAAUGGAUAGGAAGCGAAGCUUGGAUCACCACACCGGUUCUACCUCCCGAGGAGAGUAAACUAUUUGUUGUCGGUACAAUUGGAAUCGCGAUCCGAAAAGUGCGAAUGCCAGGGUUAAAGGAAUUUCUAAUGCACACUCACCCGUCUCUUUAUCCCGGAAACCCUUUAGUGCAGGAAUUCUGGGAAAAGGUUUUCAGUUGCAAGUUACGGAACACAGGAGACUCAAAACCUGAUUUGGGUCUUCGAGAAUGCACAGGGAAUGAAAAUCUACAUAUUGCGCACAACGAGUUCACUGAUGUGUCUGAGUACAGAGUGACGUACAACGUAUAUAAGUCAAUCUACGCUAUUGCCCACGCCCUGCAUGAUCUGCUCAGCUGUGAAGAUGGAAACGGACCAUUUCCCAAUCAGACUUGUGCCAAUUUUUCAAAUUUCCAACCGUGGCAGCUUCUACAUUACAUGAAAGCAGUAAACUUUACGACAAAGAUUGGAGAAAGGAUCUAUUUUGAUAACAACGGUGAUCCAGUCCCAAUAUAUGACAUCGUAAACUGGCAUCCGACAGACCGCGGCGCUGUUACUGUAACAGUAGGACAGUAUGAUGGAGCGGCGCCUGAAGGACAGAAAUUUAUAUUAGGCGAGGAGACAAUUAUAUGGACGGGAGGACAACCAACGAUUCCACGUGCGGUCUGUUCUGAAAGCUGUGAUCCCGGAACACGGACGGCACUGCGAAAAGGACAACCGAAGUGUUGCUAUGACUGCGUACAAUGUCCCCAAGGAGAAAUUAGCAACACCACCGAUUCAACAGGCUGCAUUAAAUGCCCACCAGAGUACAAGUCAAAUGAGAAACGGGUUGAGUGCAUACCAAAAGAGAUCGAAUUUCUGUCAUUUAGUGAAAUCAUGGGGAUUAUGUUGGUGUCGCUGGCGUUGAUUGGAAUCUGUAUUACAAUUCUGGUAUUUGCAACGUUCUAUACUCAUAGAGAUACACCCAUUGUUAAAGCUAAUAACUCAGAGCUAAGUUUCCUUCUUCUCGUUGCUUUAAUGCUUUGCUUUCUCUGUUCAGUUACAUUUAUCGGAGAACCAUCAACAUGGUCUUGCAUGCUUCGCCACACGUCAUUCGGUAUUAUAUUUGUUCUCUGUAUCUCUUGCGUUUUGGGUAAAACUAUCGUUGUUGUCAUGGCUUUCAAAGCGACUCUGCCCAACAAUAACAUAAUGAAGUGGUUUGGCCCAACCCAGCAGCGACUCACCGUCUUAAGCCUUACUGCACUACAGUGCUUAAUAUGUACUGUCUGGCUCACAACAUCGCCGCCAUACCCAUGGAAAAGUACAGAACAUUUUAACGAGAUAAUAGUUUUUGAAUGCAACCUUGGGUCUGAAUUUGCCUUUCAUUGCCUGCUCGGUUAUAUUGGAUUCCUGUCCUGUGUGUGUUUUUUGGUCGCCUUUCUCGUUCGACAACUUCCAGACAACUUCAACGAAGCUAAACACAUCACAUUUAGUAUGCUUAUCUUUUGCGCAGUUUGGAUUACCUUCAUCCCAGCCUACGUGAGUUCCCCUGGGAAGUACACGGUGGCGGUGGAAGUGUUUGCUAUUUUAGCGUCUAGCUAUGCGUUGCUGUUCUGCAUCUUUGCUCCCAAAUGUUACAUUAUACUCUUUAAGCGAGAACACAACACAAAGAGACAUAUCAUGGGGAAAAUGACAUCCGGAACGAUUGAAAAGUGA